AUGACAGUUAAAGAUAUGGGCUGUAGAACUAAUGUGUUACAUUUAUUGAGUGAUGAGGCCAAGAUUCGUAAGGCCUCGCCUAUCAAGACAACUAUGAAAUAUUUUAGCGAUCCAAAUAUCGUGUUCCUUGGGGCAGGAAUGCCCUCUGGUAAUAUGUUCCCAUUCGAAAGCAUUUCGUUUAAAAGUGUUUCUCUCGAUGAUGUUAAUGGGACAGGGGCCGUUGAAGGAUGUAUACAUAGGGACAAAAGUGAUUUAGAAAUAUGUCAGGAUGUCCCAUUGGGUGUAGCAUUACAGUAUGGUAACUCAAGGGGUCAGCCUGAGUUGAUAUCAUUUUUGAAGGAACAUACUUCAAUUUUCCAUAAUAUUUCCAUAAACGAUUGGGAUUUAAUAACGACAGCAGGAUCUACCCAAGCUUGGGAUGCAUGUUUGAGGUUAUUCUGCAAUAGAGGUGAGACUGUUCUUAUGGAGGAAUACACAUAUUCUUCAUCGUUAGAAGCCGCUGUUGCUCAGGGACUCAACUGUGUUGCAAUGAAAAUGGAUAAAGAUGGGAUCAAGGUAGAUAAAUUAAGCGAGAUGUUAAGGGAUUGGGAUGUUGCAGUUCAAGGGCCUUUCCCAAAAUUAUUAUACACCAUUCCAAAUGGUCAUAAUCCAACCGGUUGUACUUUGCACGAGGAAAGAAAACCUGAGCUUGUAAGGCUUGCAUCGCAGUACGAUUUUAUUAUCAUCGAAGAUGAUCCAUACUAUUUCCUACAAAUGAACGAGUUCGGUGCACCUGAGUUGAAUGUCCCCGGGGACGUCAACGAAAUGCAAUGGUUCAAAGAAAAUUUUGUUAAUAAAUUGGGCAGGUCUCUAUUGGAAUGGGAUGACGUUGGUAGAAUUAUUAGGUUAGAAUCGGUGUCGAAAACUUUUGCUCCAGGGUGCCGUCUAGGCUGGGCUAUUGGCCCCAGGUAUCUACUAGAUCACCUUUGGAACUAUCAUGAAGUAUCAAUGCAGUCAACUUGCGGAUUUGCCCAAACUCUUAUCAACGGAAUGUUCCAAAGAUGGGGUCAAAUUGGGUAUAUGAAAUGGUUACUAAGGCUGAGAAAUAGCUAUUCAAUGAAAAGAGAUCAUUGUUUGACUCAAUGCCAAAAAUAUUUGCCAAAUGAAGUUUGCUCUAUAAACUUACCAAUCUCGGGAAUGUUUUUCAUGGUAUAUAUUGACCCUCACAAGCAUCCAAAGUUCGAAAGGGAAUUUAAGUCAAAGGUUGACCUACUUGAGGAACAUCUAUACAACAGCUUUGUUCAGAAUGGGAUGUUGUUGGCAUGUUCUUCCUGGUUUAGAGUUGAUCCAAAUCAUAAUAAAAUAUUAGCUUUUAGAGGAUCCUAUGCAUCUGUAGAUGCUGAGAAGAUGCAGAACGGUAUUAUAAUGUUAGGAAAUGUCAUUAAGGCUGAAUUCUGUUUGUAA